AUGACGACGAUCUCUAAUCUUGCAAAGGAUUUGGUAGAGGAUAUACUCUCUAGAGUUCCGAUAACUUGUCUAGGAGCAGUGAGAUCCACUUGCAAAAGAUGGAACGCUUUAUCCAGAAAAAGUAUUCUGUGUAAAGCAGAAGCAAAGCAUCAGUUUAUGGGGUUCAUGGUGAAGAGGGAUAAGCUUUGUUCACUGAGGUUCAAUCUCUUUUACAACAAAGACGAAGAAUUCGUGGAUCAAUCUCUAAAGGAGAUAAGUAAUAAUCGACUUAAUCAAGUCAAGAUAUCUAAAGUUUUUCACUGCGACGGGUUAUUGUUAUGCGUGACCAAAGAGGACAACACUAGGCUCGUGGUUUGGAACCCUUAUUUGGGUCAAACCAGGUGGAUCCAACCCAGAAACAGUUACAACAUAGCAGACAUGUAUGCUGUCGGAUACGACAAUAACCGUAAACACAAAAUCUUGAGGUUUUUGGAGCGUCACGACAUUUCUACUUGGCAACAUAUUCUUGAGUGCGAAAUCUAUGAUUUUAGCUCUAAUUCAUGGAGGGUUCUUGAUAUCAAUACUCCCACCUGGAAGAUAGAGUACUUUCAUCAUCGCUGCGCAUCUUUGAAAGGAAACACUUACUUUUUUGCCAAUAAAAAAAUAGUAGACGAAGAGGAUGGUGACUGUUUACUAUGUUUUGAUUUUACAACAGAGAGCUUUGGAAAGUUUCUUCCUCUGCCGAUUGUGCACUAUCUUGGCGAUGUUGGAGGUCUGUCUUCUAUUGGAGGCGAGAAACUAGCCGUGUUAUCUCAGCCCGAUGGAAUAUCAGAGGUGGAGAUUUGGGUUACAACUACGAUUGAGCCCAAUGCAGUGUCAUGGAGCCCUUUCUUAAAAUUUGAUAUGGAACCACACUGUGGUGAUGAUGAUUUUCAGUUUCACUAUAACGGUGGCAGUUUCUUCAUUGACAAGGAGAAGAAACUCGCUGUGAUUCUUGAUUUUGACAAAUCUAAAAUGGCCUGCUACGAGGGCGCAGCUUACAUUAUUGGAGAGAAUGGCUCUUAUGUUCAAAGUUUAGUUCAGAUCAAAGAAAAUUGCACGAUUCAAAAAGGAAAGAGAAGAAGAGAACAAGAGGAGGCCAACCAACAAGUACAAAGAAGAAGACUCUCUAUUAACUAA